AAUAAUUUACUGAUCUCUUGUAUAUAUAAUAUUUGUUAAAUGGACAUACAAAGAGUUGUCAAGAAGGAGAACCCAGAGGCCAACUUCAAAGACAUCUCAAAUGUUUCGGGAGCAAGAUGGAAGACUCUUACUGCAGAAGAGAAGAAGCCCUAUGAAGAGAAUUAUCAGGCCGAGAAGGAAGCCUAUCUGCAACUGAAGGCAAAGGAGAAGCGUGAAAGUGAAGCAAUGAAGCUUUUGGAGGAGGAUCAUAAGCAGAAGACAGCUAUGGAGCUGCUGGAACCAUAUCUACAGAAAGAAAAGGAUCCAUUGAAACCAAAGCAACCAAUGUCAGCAUUUUUCCUGUUCUCAAAUGAAAGGCGGGCAGCUCUUUUAGCAGAGAACAAGAAUAUUUUAGAGGUAACCAAGAUUGCUGGUGAAGAGUGGAAAGCCAUCACUGAGGAACAGAAAAGGCCUUAUGAAGAGAUGGCAAAGAAGAAUAAAGAAAAAUACAUGCAAGAAAUGGAGGCUUACAAACAGAAAAGGAGGAAGAAGCCAUGAACCUAAGAAAUGAAGAGGAGGAGCUCAUGAAACUCCAGAAAAAAGAAGCUCUGCAGCUGCUCAAGAAAAAAGAGAAGACUGA